UUUCAUGCUGAUUGACUCGAAUUUUAUAAUUAGAUUGAUGCAAAUGUAACUUGUGAAUAUGGGUUCGAAAGUUAAUCACGGAAGAAUCAAUUAUAUCGAUAAUCCAAAAGUCGCUUGAUUUAGGUGCUGACAUUGUUCUUCACUCUAUGAGUAAAUAUAUCAACGGACAUUCUGAUGUUAUCAUGGGAGCCAUCAUGACAAAUCGAUCAGAUCUUGCUGAGCAAUUAAGAUUCUUCCAAAAUGCUUUGGGUGAUGUUCCUUCACCAUUUGAUUGUUUCCUUGUUAAUCGAGGAGUAAAAACUUUAGGAGUUCGAAUGGAAUGUCACCAGAAAAAUGGCCUGGAAAUCGCUAAAUAUCUUGAAUCGCACCCGAAAGUGGUUAAAGUUUACCACCCUGGACUUGUCAGUCAUCCACAGCACGAACUUCACAAGAAACAAUGUUCAGGAUCAAGUGGAAUGAUUUCAUUCGAGAUCAAAGGUGGAAAAAAAGAGGCCUCAGAAUUUGUCGCUAACCUUAAAAUUUUCACCUUAGCUGAAAGUUUAGGUGGCAUCGAAUCGCUCAUUGAGAUUCCCUCUCUUAUGACUCACACUUCAGUUCCUGAGGAGCAAAGGAAACACCUUGGAAUCAGCGAUUCAUUGGUUCGAGUUUCCGUUGGAAUUGAAUCAGUUAAAGACUUAAUCGCAGACUUGGAUCAAUCAUUUUCUAAAAUCUAAUCUAAUAUCAUACGAUUGAUUAUCCAACAAUCAUUAAGAUUAAUAUCGUUAUAUUGUUUUUUUUCAUCUAAAUGAUUAGUUGCAAUCUAAUAUACCCAAUCAAUCACAAUUGAAAAGUAUAAUAAUCCUUUGAUUUAAUGGUAACAGUUUCAAAUAAAUGAAAUUUAUGGUCAAUAAAAGAAACCAUAACAGUUUAUUGGUUUAGCUUUAAA